GAUAUUUGUAAUCCAUAAUGGCUGAACAGAAGAGUACAUUGGACAUUUUUCCAUUAGAAAUUAUUUACAAAAUAUUUGCCUAUCUUGAUGUGAAACAUUUAUGUAUUGCGUCCAGUGUAUGUAAAGAUUGGAAUGAAAAAAUAAAAGAAAAUGAUAUCCUCUGGAAGAAAUAUUGUUUGGCCUUACCAGAUGAAUUUAAGGAAAACAUACAAAAGUAUUGUGACUCUGGAUAUACCUGGAAGGAAACCUUACAAAGAACCAACAUGGAAAAAAGAAAAGCGAGAGUACAGCAUAACUGGCUUCAUGGGGCGUUUAGCAACAUUAGAUCAUUUGAAGAGCUUCCAGCGGACAGCAUGUUUCCACUGGAUGCAGAAGCCUGGGGAGAGAUCCUUGAAGCCGAAGAGAGAAGGAACUAGAUAAUAUACAUUAAGGGGCAGAUUUAUCAAGGGUCGAAUUUAAAUUUUGAAUAUUUAAAUUUGAAUUUUGA